UAGUGCCUCGGUUGCCCUGCUCUUCCCUGGCCCACUCUUACACGCAGUCCCCGCCCCUAAGGAUAAGCCCCGCCCACUCCUACCUUCCGGUCUCCGACUGCCCUAUAUCUCCUCCCCAGUCCCUGCACUUCUUGGCUUCGCUCCCUCCUAUCCCAGGCCUCCUCCCCAUGUUCAAAUGGCUCCAGGGGCUCCCCAGGGGCUGGGGAUACGGGUCCGCAACGCUUUGUCCGACACCUCUUCCUACUUUCGGCUUUGUGUCCUCCAUGAGGCCUAGCUCUUCCUCAGUAUCUCCUCUGGGCUGGGAGGCCAGAGGUGGGUCCUGCAUGAAGCCUGAAUGGGAGGGGAAGGGGUCGUACCAGCAGGAUGCUGAGAUUGUGGCUCAGGUCUUUGUGUCUGAGCAGAAACUCAGGGCCUCCCUGAAUCUGAUGAAGUGAGAGAGAGCUGCUCGUUUCUGUAUGAGUUCCUGCUGGGGGGUUGGAGCCGCAGGGCCGCCUGAAAGGGACAGAUCCCUCUCACCUCCUAUUCCUGCUGUUUCUGAAAUCUCAGCCUGCAUUCACAUGUAGGGCCCCUUGCCGUGAGUGGUGUGUAAUGCCUCAUCUGGAGCCCACCUUGUGCCCACCAAGGUUCCCACGGAAGACUCCUACUCCUCGGCCCCAGGACACUUGAGUGACCUGCUUUAUGGGAGAGUCUGACUAUUUCCAGCUUCCAGACCUCAAGACGCUGCUGGGCAUCGCCCUCUACGCAGUGGUGCUGCCCUAUAUCAACCUUGAGCCGCCGGGGAGCCUGCCAUCACCCCAUCACCCUCAGCCCUGGGGCCGGCUUCCCAAACAGAUGUUCCUUGUCACAGCACUGCUCCACAUCUGGAGCCUGGCAUUCCCACAGAGAUGGGGGUGGGAGACGGUAGAGAAGAACAGAGGGUCAAGUUCUCCAGGGUCAAGUUCUCCCUUGGGAGGCCCUUGUAAUGGAUGGGGAAACUGAGGCCCAGAAAUGGAGCCACUUAGUCACGAGUGUGGCAGCAGUAAAGCCUACACAUUUGCCACUCACCCCAAUGCAGCCAGCACCCACCUGCCCCCGGAGAGAUCUGACAAGACUCAAGGUGUGUCCUCCCCAGGUUGCCUGAAGGAGGGCCUUACCUCGUCUUCUGUCCUUAGGGCUAAUCUUCAGGACACCCUGGACAGCAUCCAAGAGACCCGGGUCGCGUUCUGGCUUCCGCUGAGCCGCACGAUGUCCUUUAGAGCUGCCUGGAGCUUGGUGCUGAGGAAAGGAGGACUUGGAAUGCGAGGGAUCCACAGCCCGGGAGGCACUGAGAUUAACACAUUUAGACUUCACAGCAAACACAUGAAGUGGAUACUAUGCUGUUAUCUCCAUUUCUCAGCCCACGGCAAGGAGAAGAUGCCCCCCUACACCAACUACCAUGCCCAGCGCUCCUACCCCAUGCCCGAUGAGCCCUUCUGCACGGAGCUCAACGCAGAGCAGCAGGCCCUGAAGGAGAAGGAGAAGGGCAGCUGGACGCAGCUGAGCCACGCUGAGAAGGUGGCCUUGUACCGGCUCCAGUUCCAUGAGACCUUCACAGAGAUGAACCGUCGCUCCAACGAGUGGAAGACAGUGAUGGGCUGUGUCUUCUUCUUCUUUGGAUUCACAGGUCUGCUGAUUUGGUGGCAGCGGGUCUAUGUGUUCCCUAAGAAACCCAUCACCCUGAUGGAUGAGUGGAAGGCCCAGCAGCUCCAGCGCAUCCUGGACAUGAAGGGCAACCCCGUGCAAGGCCUGGCCUCCCGGUGGGACUAUGAAAGGAAGGAGUGGAAGAAGUGACGUGGCAUCCCAGCUGCUCGCGCUGCAGCUCUGCCCUGGCCCGGAGCCUAUGGAGGCCCCUCCCCGCCACUUAACCCCAAUAAAGCUGGCCUGCUCUCAUCUGC